CUUCGAGGUGUUGGUUGUUUUGUAAAUGCAGCGGAAACGCGGUUCAGCGGUUAAAGGCGCUUUUGGUUGCAGACCUUUGGAUGCUGCUCUGUCAAUUCAAUAUUGCAUCGCGGGUAUCAGUUGUUCAGGCUGUUUUGGAUGGAGGUAAAGGCGAAGGAAUAACACUCUAUAUCGAAUUGAAAAUUGAAUAAAUUUAAGGAUAUCGCAAUCACAUUUGGAAUUUACAAGGAUUCGAAGGAAGAUCGUAAAGUAGCAACCAAGAAUCAUGGGUCAUAGCGCAAUUUCUUUCGGAGUUUCUCACGUCAGCGAAAUUACUGGUCUUAGGACGGAACAGAUAUCAUUUGUCGUUUGUAUUUUGAUGUCAUUUAUUGUCGCUUACAUAUUCCGUCACAAAAUACACCAUACAAACACAAAUACAAGAUUAUUAAUAUCGGGUUGUUUCGGUCUCUGGCUUCUGUAUUUCGCAUGGGGUUGGAAUGUGAUAACCUCAGUCACUGACACUGUUGUGACAUAUUUGUUACUGAAGUAUUUGAAUCCAAAAUAUGCAUAUAAAGUUACGUUUGUUUUUUCAAUGGUGUUUUUGUCAACAAUUCAUUUUCGUCGAUUAAUUUCAUUCAAUUCGGAAGGCGGAAGAACUUCCACAGACUUUACAGGUCCGAACAUGAUUCUUACCCAAAGGAUAACAUCAAUUGCAUUUAAUAUUCACGAUGGUCUUCAUAAAAAUCCUAAAGAUUUAAGCGAAGACCAAAAGAAAUAUGCUGUUAAAAAGUUUCCAAGUUUUCUGGAAUACUUCAGCUAUUGUUUUAUGUUCACGAGCGUACUAGCUGGACCGUUUGUUUUCUACCAAGAUUAUAUUUCUUUUAUAAAUGGAACAAAUUACAAAUUAAAAGACGAUGAAAAGCCAUCCAAUGUUCAUCCACCAUAUUUGGCCAGCGCACUGAAGAAGCUUAUUUUUGGCAUUAUCAUGGCAGCCUUCUUCAUAUAUGGUUGUUCGGCAUUUCCGUACUUGAGAAACACAGAUGUGGAAUACAUGCAAAACACAGGAUGGAUAGAAAAAUUAAUUUUUUUGCAAAUGUCAUUGUUUUUUGCUCGAACAAAAUAUUAUGUUGCAUGGUUCCUGGCUGACUCAGUUUGUAAUACAGCGGGACUUGGAUUCAAUGGUUAUGAUGAAAAGAAUGGAAAACCACGAUGGAAUAAGUUUUCAAACAUUGAUUUUUUUGGCAUUGAGAUGGCUACAAGUUUCAAACUUUAUAUUGACAACUGGAAUAUGAUGACUGUGAAGUGGCUAAGAAGAGUAUGUUACGACCGAGCACCAUCAGCAUACAGAACGCAGUUAACAUUUUUAUUAUCUGCUAUGUGGCAUGGAUUCUUUCCUGGAUAUUACAUGACAUUCUUCUCUGGACAUAUCAUAACACUCACUCAGAGAAAGUUCCGUUCCACAAUUCGUCCAUUAUUUCAGACUAGUGAAAAUUUGAAAGUGAUUUAUGGAAUAUUUACUUGGUUUGCAACACAGCUCGCCAUCUCAUAUAUUGUAAUUCCAUUUGUUACUCUCGAAUUUGAAGCAUCUUUCAGGUUUUACACGUCUUGUUAUUUUUGUGGUCAUAUCUUCUGUUUUGUUCUAAUAUUUUUGUUGCCAAAGUCGAGAAGAAAAGGCAGAGAAGAAUUGAAUGGACAUACUGAAUCUGUUGGAAUAAAUGGAAAGCUGAAAAAGAACCCUUAUUUGGACAAUCUAAAUGGACAUGUUUGGAGGGAAAUGGGAGAAGGAUUGGCAACGGAUACCAAUAAUAUAAGAGAUGGUCUGCAUCAUAGAUAGAAAUGCCGUUUUACUAAACUAAACUAUCUGUUUAUUAUCCGGGCAGCCGUUUUAUCUUAUUGCUGUUUUUUUUAACAUCGAGAUUGUUAAUUGAGUGGCCAUCUAACACAAACGUCAAUUUGACAAAUUUUCAUUGAAGAACUGUAAUAGUUCUUAGUGUGCCAUUGAAUUGAGAGUUAAACAUUUUUCUGUCUAAACAUUAUAUUUUAUUACUUUUUUUUUGCUUCUUUCCCUAGUUACAUGCAUUCACUUUUUAAAAUUUACCAAAAAUUUGUUUGAAUUUCGGGUGUAGAUCACCAGUGUUGUUGAUUUUGUCCAAGUAUUGGCAGUUUUUAUCUGUUCUUUGUUAUCAACACUUAAUGUUACUAAUUUUUUUGUUUAUAUUAUUCAAAUACCACCACAUUAUGAUAUAAGAAUUACCAACUUUAAAGUGUAUGAUUUUACAAGACUUUGUCCCAUAUGGUGUUUCAUAUAAAAAGCAGAAAUAAUAUAACAGGCCCUUCUGUUUUACAUUAUUUUAUACUUGAAUAACAUGCAUCAUACAGAUUCCUGUAUUAUUUGUUGUUAUCUUCCUAAUUUCCGCUAUCCUGUUCCAAAUUGCCUAAUCAUGUGAAAAAAUCCUGAUAUACAAGAUGAGUUUUUCUUUACUAGAGCGGUAGUUUGAAAAUGUUAUUCGAGCUGUCUCACACAAUUUCCUGACAAUUCAUUUCACCAGCAGCUGACGUCUUGUUGAUUAUGACAUCACUUUUUAGUUUUAAUCAGGUUCAAACAACGCCAUAUCACUAUAUCACACAAUUGAUUGUGAAAUGUUUCUAUCCUUCUUAUAUGGACUUUAUAUUGGUAAGAGUCUUGUUUAAUCAUGUGACGGUACUUUUUCCUAACUUUUUUCUUUCUGCUCUUGCAGUUGCCAAAAUUAUGCUUAGAAUAAAUUGCCUUAUGUAAUUUCUUUAGAUGUGAUCACUAUAUUAUAUAUAUAUGAGUUUGACAAAACAUAGAUUAUGAAGCUUUGUAUACUUUAGCUGAUGUCUGUAAUAGGUCCACACUCAUCACCAGUGGUUCCCAAUCCAUUUCAUAUUACUCGAUUCCAGUAAGAUUCAUUGUGCAAUGAAUCAACCCACCUGAGCACCACAGAUGACUAAAACCUACUAAUCUGAAUAAACUCUAAAAUAAUAUGACUAAUAUAGAUUACAAUUUAUUCUAAAUUGAUCAUGUUCAGCAAAGAUCAUAAAAAAGUCAAUUAUUAUCCAAUGAGUGGAAAUGUAAGAAAUCUAAGAUUGACAAUGAUUUGAUUGGUUUUAUAGUUUUCUGAAAAAUAAAUGUCCUUUUUUGGUUACAUUUUGAAACUUAAAUUGCUCAAAAUGAUGAUAAUAAAGGCUUACUAAUUUAUUUUUAGAUUCAUAUAAUAUUGAAUAUGACUAAUUUCGAUUUGAUUUUUUGGGGAUAUCUGAAUCUAUAUACCGGUAUAUCGAAUAUUAUUUUUUUACGAACUGAAUUUUGGAAUUUACUACGUUUGACGACAUACCGCAAAAUUAAGUGUGUGGAAGAGUGAGUGACUUGGUCUUGGUGGAAUCCAUAAAAACAACUUAUUCAGUUUAUGGGGUUAAUCGAACCCAUAUUGGGAACCAUUGUUUUUACAUCCUGAUUUGUAGUACUGAUAAUUGAUUAACUAUAAAUAUUAUAUUAACGUACAGUAUUCAUAUAUUAUGAUAAUAAAUGGUGAAAAAGUGAAGACGAUUAUCUUUAUAAUUGACGCCAUCAUAAUUUUACCAUUGUUCGAAAUCGGAAGCCUUCUGUAUAUUCAGAAAGAUUGUGAUUACAAUGAUCACUGAAGCUUUUUGACCAUCGAACUCUACCUAUCUCGAAAGUCAAUCUUUUUUUUUUUUGUUUCUGACUGUCGUUUUUAUAAUCAAUCUUUGCUACCCAAACUGGUCCAAAAUACUAACUUUUUGUAUCCCGUGUUUAUAGAUAAUAGUUGAGUAUUUUUUAUUCGUUUUUUUGCAUCUAUCACACUAGAAAAAUUUGAAAUUUUUCGCAGUUUUUUUUUUAAAUAAUUGUUUUAUAACCAUUAUUAAUAACUUCAUAAUCAAGAAAGUAUAUCGACAAAUUCAUUACUUCAUGAGAUUGAAUAGUAGACUAAAAAAUAAUUUUUAUAUCCUAUCAUGCAUGAUCACUACAUAGGUGUAUCCUUAUCUCGGCACAAGUUAUGUUUGUAUGCAAUUGUAUUAUUUAUCAUUAAUUAUUUUCAAUAUAAUACCAUUGCUUUUGUGGUGGUUAAUUAUUUUUAUUUUUUUUCCGACUGGAUGGACUUUUUUGCAUGCUUAUAAUUUUAAAAGUGAAUUAUGUUUAUUUAAAGUCUUAAGUCUGCUUUCUAUUUCCCCCUGUUUAAUUAGGUAAUAAAAUGGCAAUCCAUAUUACAAUUUCUAAUCGGUGUCAACUUUCAACCAGUUAUCUGCAUCAUUUUCUCGUAAAAAUCUUAGGAUUGGUAUUAUUUUCUCUAUACUGAUCAUUGAUUUUGUUGAAACAAAUGUCAAUUUAUCUUCCUUUUUUGAUUAUGAAAUUAUGAGCUAAAGUUGCUGGAAAUCCUAUCUUUGGCAUUUCAUCAUUUCUUGUCCGAGAUUAAUUUGAAUCAUGAACAUUCAUAAGCUCUUAACACAAUUUUUUUUUUAGAUAUUUAGGAAACCCUAAUUCAAAAUAACAAUUUUUAAAAAUUUGGUAUUACAUGCAGUAGCCAGGGGCCGGGGAUGAGGAUCGGAACCCAUUCUUUUAAAAAGUAAAAAAAGCAUUUUUUAUAUCAUACAUAACAAUUUUUCGUAGCAUGAAACGUUUUUUUAGACACUCAAGACACUUAAUAAAACCCAUGUUUCUGGCCUCCGGCCCAACCUGCUAGCUGUAACGGUCUAACUUGGCAAUUAGAAAAUCAGAAUCCCCUUUUAAAAUUUCUGGCUAAAGCCCACAUAUUACUUUUCUUUUCCGAGACUCAAACAUGAAACGCAUCCAUAUUUGGCAAUGUCCUAUGAAUUAGGGAUUAUUCUUUACUCGGUAUCACUAAUUGCAUUUGUUUACUACAACGGCAGAUUGAUAUUUUUACAGUUUUGAAUAUCUCGAAAAGUGCACCUUUCAGUAAAAUGUUUUGAUUAUUCAUUCUCUAAGUACCUAUUCGCAGUGAAUCAUGUUUCCUAUUUUAUGAAUAUUCAUUUUGUGCCUUGCUUUUUUUUACCCGUCGAAGCCUUCUAUGUUUCAACCUUUUACAGUGUAUUAAAUUGUACAUUGAGCUAUUUAGUGUUGGAAUGCCUAGAAUUUAUGUUCUUGCUUAUUUGUGGCUUCAUUUUCUGCCAAGGAUACUAUUAUUUAUGGAGAUGUUUACUGAUUAUUAUUGGUACUACUUGAGCUAUUCUUAAUCCUUCUCAAUAAAUCUAGUCUUCAAGAU